GUCUCGCCGGCGUCCCCGCCCGCACACUCGCACACACUAGCGCUCGGGCGCACUCGGAGCAGGCACCCGCGCCCAGAGCGAGCCAGACAGCAGCGAGCCGGGGACCCACCCGGCUGAGCCAGCCGAGCAGCCGGCGAUCCGAGGCCGCACUACCCCACGCCCCCGAGCCCUGCAGCCGUCUCCCGCUGGCCGGUGUCCCCGCCGCCCUCCCUGACCGAUGGCGCUGAAGCGGAUUCAGAAAGAGUUAAGUGAUCUACAACGUGACCCACCUGCUCACUGUUCGGCUGGACCUGUGGGAGAUGACUUGUUCCACUGGCAAGCAACUAUUAUGGGGCCUCCUGAUAGCGCAUAUCAAGGUGGAGUCUUCUUUCUCACUGUACAUUUUCCGACAGACUAUCCUUUUAAACCACCAAAGAUUGCUUUCACAACAAAAAUUUACCAUCCAAACAUAAACAGUAAUGGAAGUAUUUGUCUUGAUAUCCUGAGGUCACAGUGGUCACCAGCUCUGACUGUGUCAAAAGUUUUAUUGUCCAUAUGUUCUCUGCUUUGUGACCCUAAUCCAGAUGAUCCCUUAGUACCAGAUAUUGCACAAAUCUAUAAAUCAGACAAAGAAAAAUACAACAGACAUGCAAGAGAAUGGACUCAGAAAUAUGCAAUGUAAAAUCAAAAAAAAUUUCAUAUAUACCAGAGUACUGUAAAAUCUAGGUUUUUUCAACAUUAGCAGUAAAUUGAGCACUGUUUACUGUUUCAUUGUACCAUGAAAUCCUUUGAUUUUUACCCAUUUUAAAUGUAUUUCUGAAGCAAGACAAAACAAACUUCCAAAAAUAUUCUUGAGACUGUGAUGAGAGCAUUUAUCAUUUUGUAUGCAUUGAGAAAGACAUUUAUUAUGGUUUUUAAGAUACUUGGACAUCUGCAUCUUCAGCUUACAAGAUCUACAAUGCAUCUGAAAAGCAACCAAAUUAUUUUUUGCUGAAACUAGAUGUUUUUACAUGAAAAAUACUGUAUGUGUUAUCUAAGAUGUUGUCAGUUUUAUAAAUCUGUAUUCAGAUUUCAUUCUUUGUUAGCUCACUUUAUAAUUUGUAUUUUUUUACUGUAUAGACUAAAUAUAUUCUAUUUACAUGUAUGUCAACUUGUUACUUUUUUCCUGUGAACAGUAUUGAAAAAACCCAACAGCUGAUAAUGGAAUGAAUUAACUGUCUCCCUUGUCUUGGGGUAUUCUGUAGAUUGACUGCAGAUUUCUUAAACCUGAAAUGAUCUUUACACUGUAAUUCUCAGUAUACUGAUUAUGGAGAAACACUUGUUUUGAUUUUGUUAUACUUGACUUAACUUUAUUACAAUGUGAAUUAAUUGCACUGCUAAGUAGAAAGAUGUAUAACUUUUAUUUGUUGCUAUUCACAUCUGAAUUUUUUUCUGUAUAGGCAAUAUUAUAUUGACACCUUUUACAGAUCUUAAUGUAGCUUUUUCCAUUUAAAUAAAAUGCUUUUUCUACUA